AGUCUUCAUACGCAUUCUCAUAGCAAUAGUUGACUUAGUCACUCACAAAAAUAACUUGUAUAAAUUCAGCCCAAUAUCGAGAAUCAACAAAGCACAAAACAAUAAAAAUGAGUUUCUAUGUACAACAUAACAUUCUAUUCCUUAAAGGCUUCAUCACCUUGUUCCUAAGUUGUAUUAUUACCACAAGGUUUAACUUUUGUCUUUCCAAUUCCAACGUCCCUUUUUCAUUACAAACACUUUCACUUGAACUUCAAGGACAUAUGAGUUUUGAUGAAACUACUCUUAACAAAGCAUCAACAGAUUUUGGUAACAGGUACCAAUAUCAUCCGGCUGCUGUUCUGCAUCCGAAUUCGGUUUCAGAUAUUGCAACCACAAUAAAGCAUGUAUUUCAUAUGGGGCUUAGCUCUCACCUCACUGUUGCAGCGAGAGGACAUGGACAUUCACUUCAAGGACAAUCACAAACUCAUGGAGGAGUUGUGAUCAAAAUGGAAUCACUCAAAGAAAGUGAAAUGCAGGUGCAUGUUGGGAACUUUCCUCCAUAUGUGGAUGUCUCAGGUGGUGAGUUGUGGAUAAAUAUAUUGCAUGAGACUCUGAGAUAUGGGCUGGCACCGAGAUCAUGGACAGAUUAUUUGCAUCUAACUGUUGGUGGAACUCUCUCCAAUGCUGGUGUUAGUGGACAAGCGUUUAAACAUGGUCCUCAGAUUAGUAAUGUUCAGCAGCUUCAGAUUGUUACAGGGACAGGGGAGGUAGUAAACUGUUCUGAGGAGAAAAACCAAGAACUCUUUCACAGUGUUCUUGGAGGGCUUGGCCAAUUCGGCAUUAUAACUCAAGCGAGAAUUCUGCUUGAGGAAGCACCUUCCAUGGUAAAAUGGAUUAGAGUGCUAUAUACAGAUUUCGAAGCAUUCACUAGAGACCAAGAGAGAUUAAUAUCUGAAGAAAAUGCAUUUGAUUACAUUGAAGGAUUUGUUAUAAUAAAUAGAACCGGUCUGCUAAAUAACUGGAGAUCAUCUUUCAACCCACAAGAUCCAAUUCAAGCCAGUCAUUUCAACUCAGAUGGAAAAACUCUCUUCUGCCUAGAAUUAGCUAAAUACAUCAACUUUCAAUCAAUGGAUAUAGUAAAUCAGGAAGUGGAGAGACAUUUGUCGGAUUUAAACUACAUCCAAUCAACGCUUUUUGUAACAGAAGUCACAUAUGUAGAAUUCUUAGACAGAGUCCAUGUAUCUGAGAUGAAAUUGCGUUCAAAAGGGUUGUGGGAUGUUCCACAUCCAUGGCUCAAUCUUUUUAUACCAAAAAGCAAAAUACACAGUUUUGCACAAGCUGUCUUUGGGAAUAUCCUAACACAAACAAGCAAUGGCCCUGUCCUUAUCUACCCAGUAAACAAAUCAAAGUGGGACAAUAGAAGUUCAGUUGUUAUUCCAGAUGAAGAUAUUUUCUACUUGGUGGCAUUUCUUACAUCUGCAGUACCAUCUUCAAAUGGAAGUGAUGGAUUAGAACACAUACUAAGUCAGAAUAAAAGAAUUUUAGAGUACUGUGAAAGAGAAAAUCUUGGAGUAAAGCAAUAUUUGCCACACUACAAUACACAAGAGGAGUGGAGGGCCCAUUUUGGUACUCAAUGGGAGACUUUUAGGGAAAGAAAAUUAGUUUAUGACCCUUUUGCAAUACUUGCUCCUGGCCAAAGAAUAUUUCAAAAAACAAUAACUACAUCGUCACUUUAGAUAGGUUCCAAAUUCUAUUAUUUGUUAUCAUUAUUGAUGUGAAAAAAUGAAAAUUUCUCUUAUGGCACAUGUGACAUAUGAAAAAUGCUAUAUGUUUGUUUAUAGAGGUUUGGAUAUAAACCACACAAAUUGGAAAGAAGCAGAACCAUUGAUGGUGUACAGGAAAAUGAAUGAAAAGGAGAUUUAUAAAAUUAUGAGUUGUUAGAUUUGUUUGUCUGACAAGUAAACUAGGAAUUAUGUCUAUGUGUCAUUGUUGAAUUGGAUAUUGAUGUGAAAGUUUUAUUACAAAGCAGCAUA